AUGUCGGACAGAACAAUGAGACGGCAAGUACUGUUGUUCCCCUUGAUCCUUCAUCUCACUUCAGUGCUCGGCCAAAUCAGCUAUUCCAUCCCCGAGGAAAUGCCGAGUGGCUCCUUAGUCGGUAAUGUUGUACAGGAUUUGGGUUUAGAUAUAAAACGACUGAAAUCAGGUAAAGCUCGCGUUUACACAGGAGACAGUGCGGCGUACAUCGAGCUAAAUAACGAACGAGGAGUCCUCCUAGUCAAAGACAAAAUGGACCGAGAGGCGAUUUGCAGACAGACGACGCCUUGUGCUUUACAUUUUCAGAUCAUUUUGGAGAACCCCAUGGAGCUCCACAGUGUCACCAUAAUGAUCCAGGACCAGAACGACAACCCCCCUCAGGUCCUGUACCCUGUCCAGACUGGUGGCUCUGUGGUGGCUGAGAUGGUGCCUCGUUCAGCAGAUGUGGGCUAUCUGGUGACUAAAGUGGUGGCUGUUGAUGUGGACUCUGGCCAGAAUGCGUGGCUGUCGUAUAAACUGCAGAAAGCCACAGACAGGGCGCUGUUUGAAGUGGGCUCACAGAAUGGAGAAAUAAGAACUAUCCGCCAAGUGACUGAUAAAGAUGCAGUGAAACAAAGACUGAGUGUUAUAGUGGAGGACAACGGGCAGCCCUCUCGUUCAGCUACAGUCAUUGUGAACGUGGCGGUGGCGGACAGCUUCCCUGAAGUGCUGUCGGAGUUCACUGACUUUCCACACGACAAGGAGUACAAUGACAACCUGACUUUUUACUUAGUGUUGGCUCUGGCUGUAGUCUCCUUCCUGUUCAUCACGUGUUUGGUGGUGAUUAUAUCAGUGAAAAUCUACAGAUGGAGACAGUCUCGCGUGCUGUAUCAGUCCAACCUGCCUGUGAUUCCAUAUUAUCCACCACGUUACUCAGACACUUUGGGGACAGGGACUCUGCCACACGUGUACAACUACGAGGUGUGCAGGACGACUGACUCGAGAAAGAGUGACUGUAAGUUCGGCAGAGCUGGUAGUCAGAACGUGCUGAUAAUGGACCCCAGUUCAACAGGGACGAUGCAGCGGAUGCAGAGUGAGAAGAGCAUCCUGGACGAACCAGACUCUCCUCUAGAGAGCUUCAAUAAUCAACAGAAGCCCUUCGUGUAA